GCAUCACAGGGCAUUGUCGUGAUGAAACUGAAGGGACAAGAAGCAAACCAGACAAUAGAAAUGGACCAUGUCGUCAGUAAAUUCCCAUUUCGCAAGUCCAUCCACUUUCUUGUGAGAUUAGUGGACGCAAACCCAGUGUCAGGUGACAAGUUGAAAGCUACGGAUGAUCAUCACCAAUGAAACGUCCACAACGAUCAGCUCAUUCAAGAUCAAGCUGCUGAGGGAUCUCCUCUUCAUCUGUAAGAAAGAUGUUCCACUGGAGAAACUGUCUCCCAGCAUCAGACGUAUGCAGCAGAAGACGUACAUUCAACCAGAAGGUGGGCCUAUGGUUGUCAGGGAAACAGGAGGAAGUUCUUCUGGAAUGGAUGCAUCAGUUCUCACGAGAGUCCUGGAUAAUAUCUUGAUACCACUCAUAUCUAAAGAUGGGCAAGAUCUUCCUCCUUCCAUCAAGGGGCAGCACAUAGAGUGCAAGUAUGGCCUUGAGAUCAUCAUUACCUUGAGCAACAAGUCAAUAGUUAGAAUCAACCUCCCAGUUCCAUGCUUGCUCCCCAGCAGAAACAGUAAAUGGCAGACUUGGAUGGCACCGUCUUGGGCUGCAGAGGCAACGGUCAUCACCUCGGACAGCAGGUUCAGUGUGUCCGAUGACCAACUCAGUGGUGAGGCGUUUUCUGCCCUUUCAGGAUUUCAAGCCUUGUGAUACAAGAUCAGUUGAUUGUCAACUGAGGCAUAACACACUGCUCAUUUUUUUAUGGAUUUACUCAUUCAAAGUUUAAGAAAUGAAUCAAAGUUAAAUCAUGAUUGCAAUAAUAGAGUCUGUGUUCAUGUUUAUAAGACUUGAUUUUUCCAAAAAGUUAACUAUUUAAGGCAAUACUACGGUUUUUCCAUAUGUCCAUUUUAUAUAUAUAAGGAAUAUUUUUCAGUUGAUGUUUUAAAAGGCCUAUUGCCUAUUUGUCAGUGUUAAAAACGAUUGCUUUGUUCAUGUUUUGUUACUGUUUGUACGUAAGGAACAUUUGCUUAGGGGUAAGGGUGAUGGUGAGGUGUUCGGUAAAAGGUUAAAAUGUCCUUGGUAAAAAGGUACUGGUAAAAAAGUCCUAAAUUUGCUUAGGUAAAAGUCCUCUGGAAAAGUCCCAUUUUCAUUUUUUAACAAGAAAUGUAUAGAAAAACAAUGCUUUUUUAUUUCUUAUUUUUUCAUUGUCACACAUUCGACAAAUGUAAAGGUUUAUGACAUAAUGACGUAUUGAAAUGUUGAUAAAAAAAUCAUCCGAAAUGAUUACAUUUAACAUUAUAAGUUACACAAUGCAUUACAUGAUGACAUGAGAUAGUCUAGGCCUACUCAUAUUUAUGAAGUCGCAUGUUCACAUUAGUAUCGGGGUGCAAAUCCAUUUACCAUUACAUUGAACAUGACAUAAACACAUCAUGUCUUUUUAGAUGUCAUUUAAAGGAUCAAAUAUCAAUUUGAAGAUUUAAUCUGUCUUUAUAUGUGAUUUCUUUAUUUCUUUUUUGUUAUCUUUGAUGUCAAUAACUAAAUCAGUUGUUACUACAAAAGGACUUUUUUACCAAGGACUUUUUUCCUAUAAUCAAUGGUGAGGUUAGAUGUGCCACAAUAUACUGUGUCCCUUAUAAGCAAUAUUAGGAUAAACUGAUUAAGGGCUUUUGAAUACCAUAUUUGUUCCAAUAGUCUUCGGUGUCAGCUACAGUAAACUACUGUUAGAACAAAUUCAAAGGGACCAAGAAGUUUAGUUUGUUAUAACCAUCAGUUUGUUAUAACCUUGUUUGUUAUAAAUGUUUUUUACUGUAUUUACAAGUGCUUACUGUAUUUAGACUGGAGAUAAACUUCUACUUUUUUCAUCAUAAGGAGAAGUAAAAUGAGGAUUAACAUUGCAUUUAAGAUUAUUGCAGUGAACCUUUGUGUCUGGGGGCUUGUACCAGCCCAGGCUAAUGGUGUUUUUGGUGCCGGCCCAUCUAGAUACCACAUUCAGACACAGUAUACUGACAUCAGAUAGACCAGUCCUUGUUUUAGUCCCCCAAUGCUAAAUGCCAGGCAGGGAAAAAAUUACCAUCUUUUAACUGAUAAUAAGCAUGACAGCUAUGGGGAUGGAAGCACUGACCUUUUGCUCUUUGGACAGAUGCUCUAUCGACAAGAAAAUACAAGAAGACAUACAUGC